GGGUCCUAGACUCCCUGUUAUAGGAGGCAGUCUGUGAGCUAACUCAUUUGACGGAAACCUUUGUUACUGCACAGUCGAGAAAGAGGUGCUGCGCCGACGUGUUGACCUGAGGGAAGCGUGUAGUACUAUGGAGCGGGCUCUGCGGGGUGCCGUGGUCCUGCUGUUAGUUUUAGCGGGUGUGCCUGCGAUGGAGCACGAGGAUUUGGGCAGCGCCUGGACUCCUGGGACGGGGCCGACGGUGGGAACCUUCCAAACCAUGGAGCAGCCGCAGCGCGGAGAGACCACCGCCGCCCGGUUGCUUUCCGACACCUGCUGUCCGCCUUGUUGUUGCGCUCCUGGGGAGAUCCGGCUGGACCUGCAACCUUAUCCCAUAGAGGACCAAGGCCAAGGGAAGAACAGGGCCACGACGGAAGAUAAAGAUGGCUGGGACUUCUAUUUGCUAAUAAUCUUCUUAACAGUGGGAGUUGCUUUUGUUAUCCUUUGUUGGGCCUUCCCUGCAUGCCGCAAUUGGCUGAUAACCCAUAAUGUACCACAGCGGCUGGAGGACCAUAGACACCCUUCGAAUGACUCUCUUGGUGACCAUCCCUCCCAGCCCUAUGGUGCCCACAUGAGCACAGCUCCAGAGUCCUCUGCUGCUAUGGUCUCUGGAGGCAUUGCAAUCUCUGGCAGGGCACCUGAAAAUGCCACAGUAGUAAAAAAUGGAAUGAUAACCCAGUCUCAAGGGACAUCAGAGGAGAGCAGUCCUCUGGGUUCCUUCUUCGUAGGCACCCUGGAGAGUCCCACCUUAACAAUAACUCCAGAGAGUAGCAAUGGUUGGGGUCACAUCUCGUCAGAUACUCCAGAGGAUAAUGACGGUCAUAGCCCCACCUCAGAGGGUAUCUUUGAAAUUGAAGACUUGGCCUAGGAUGGCAGUGGUGUACUUAGUGACCCUCUGUCAUUCUGGGUGGUCGUAGAUCAGGGAACUGAUUUAACGCUGCAUGGUCAUGCUUUUAAUUGUAUGUUUUAACUAGACUGGUGACUGUCUUUCCCAAAACUAAUUUUUUUAUACACAAGAUACUGGCAUGUCAUGGUGACAUCUAUUUGCUAAGUCUUUGCUGUGCAAUGCCCCAAUCAAUGAAUUUCUUUAGAGCAUGGACAGGGAACCUGGUGGCCCUCCAGAUGUUGCUUGGACUCCCAUUAAGCCCAGCCAGCAUGGCCAAUGGCCAGGCAUUGGUUUGGGUUGUUCUAGUCCAUAAACACGUUUCCCAUCCCUGCUCUAGAGGAAUAAGUCUUAGAGAUGAGGCAUAACCCCAUAUAUAUGGAUUUUUACAGUGUUUCUGUCUUAAGGGGGGAAGAGAUAUGAGAUCUAAAAAGAGGGUAUUUCACAUCAACCUUUUCAUGGGCAGUCACUGGCAGUAAGUCAGCAGGACACAUAUGAAUCUUCACAGGUUUGCAUGUGUCCUUGAACUGCAUGAAAAGGCUAUUAAAUGCUCUGCACAGGUAAUGGCAAUCCCCCCAUCUGUUGACUCUUGACAGAGAAAGAACAAGAGCCUGCUAGCUCAAAAGGAAAGUGGUGUGGAUAUACGUGGGGUGACUUGUGUCGUAUCCUAAACAUUGUUGGGAGAGAAGGGACUGAGAGGAAGCUAUUGGCAGUGAGGUCAUUGGCAGAACUACCAACCCUUUUCCUUUAUGGACAGAGCUAGUACUUUGCUGCCAGUUGUAGCUUAAUGGGUAGUCCGCUCAGGUUGUCCCCGAAUCAAACUCCUCACACAUUGUCAGCAAAGACAUGGCCCAAGUAUAGUGAAUUGCCACAAGAAACACACUUGAGUAGGCAAUGUCUUAGUAUUCAUACUCCUAAGAAAGAUGUACAUUGGGCCAGUUUACCAUGAUUCUGUUUGUAUUAUAAACCUGGGACAAAUCGGCAUAGUUACCAUGGGAUUAUAUGAGGCAUGAUACUCAAUGGUGCUCCAAAGCCCUUUUAAACAUGAAUGUUGUAUUGACACUGAAGGGGCAAAGCAUGCAAGGAGGCAGAGAUGUCUCUGGAAUGAAAUGCGCCUUAAAUGCAAGAAACUGUUUUUAUAGUGUGUAUGCUUGUCAGAUAUAGCUACCAAUAAAAAUGUGUGCAUCAUUUUGA